UCGCUCGGUCGGAUGCGCUCUGGGUUCGACUGGUGCUGCCUGUUUCCCUCAGGCUGCUCGAGCGACAUGUUAGGAGGGGAGCGGGCGGCGGCGGUGUGUGCGCGGCGGGACCGAGCAAGCCGAGAAGCCCGCGCCGACGGGACUAGUAUGGGUUGCCAAGUGACGUACUGAGAAGACAGAAGACACAGGACAGGACCCCGAGCCGCCCGGGGUGUGGAAGUGGGGAGUCAGGAGGAUAGUGACGGAGCUCAGGGCCGGGACAAGAUGGCAGCGGCCGGCGCAAGCUGAGUAUGCAGAGGGGCCCCGCGCACUGCCUGACAUGUCCGGCACAGCCCUGCACGCUGCACCUCCUGCUGCUCUAUGAAGGUAUGGCCUCACAAGUUUUGGUAUACCCACCAUAUGUUUAUCAAACUCAGUCAAGUGCCUUUUGUAAAGUGAAGAAACUGAAAGUUGAACCAAGCAGUUGUGUGUACAACAAGAGGAGCUAUCCACGCACCGACCUGAAUGCUAGAAACCUUGGAUUUGCACGUCCAAACAAUAAGAAUAGGGCUCCUAUCCAGACAAAGAAUUCAUUCGACAGACCUCGCCAGCAGACUGCGGCUUCCCAGAUCAGCACAGUCGCAUUAAAAGCCAACACAGGUGCUCCAGGGGACCCAGCAGCGCGGGCGCAGCCAGAUCCGAAAGAGACACCCACUGUUGGAUCACCGGAUUGUGGAUCAGAUUUGCUGGAAACACAUCAGAGAUGUGGAUUGAAGCGUAAGAGUGAAGAUUUGGAGAACCAAGGUGGCACCAUGCAAAUUGUUGACGAGUUGUCCGUGCUGCCUGCUAUGCUGCCAGGCAAUGCAGCAAACCCAGUAACUAUUGUGGCAACCACAGGAGCGCCUAAGCAGAACGGGGGUAACGUGGAUGGGGACUAUCAGUUGGUACAGCAUGAAGUGUUGUGCUCGGUAAAAAAUACUUAUGAAGUACUUGAUUUUCUGGGUCGGGGAACCUUUGGACAGGUAGUCAAGUGCUGGAAAAGGGGGACAAAUGAAGUUGUAGCGGUCAAAAUUUUAAAAAACCAUCCUUCUUAUGCACGCCAGGGGCAGAUCGAGGUGGGCAUCCUUGCCAGGCUGAGCAGCGAGAACGCGGAUGAGUUUAACUUUGUGCGUGCGUACGAGUGUUUCCAGCAUCGGAACCACACCUGCUUGGUUUUUGAGAUGUUGGAACAGAACUUAUAUGACUUCUUAAAGCAAAACAAAUUCAGCCCUCUGCCCUUGAAAGUUAUCCGGGCCAUCCUACAGCAGGUGGCUACUGCACUGAAAAAGCUGAAGAGUCUUGGUUUAAUUCACGCUGACCUCAAACCUGAAAACAUCAUGCUGGUGGAUCCUGUAAGACAGCCGUACAGGGUGAAAGUCAUAGACUUUGGCUCUGCUAGCCAUAUAUCAAAGACUGUUUGCUCAACAUAUUUGCAGUCUCGUUACUACAGAGCUCCUGAGAUCAUUUUGGGGUUGCCAUUUUGUGAAGCCAUAGACAUGUGGUCGCUGGGCUGUGUGAUUGCUGAGCUGUUCUUAGGAUGGCCUCUAUACCCAGGAGCACUGGAGUAUGACCAGAUCCGAUUCAUUUCCCAAACACAAGGGGUACCAGGAGAACACCUACUAAAUGUAGGUACAAAAACAUCCAGAUUCUUCUGUCGUGAUCCAGAUGCUCAAUACCCCAGCUGGAAGUUAAAAACCUUAGAGGAGCAUGAAACAGAGACAGGGAUGAAGUCUAAAGAAGCCAGGAAGUAUAUUUUCAACAGUUUGGAUGAUAUAGUGCAUGUGAACAUGGUGAUGGAUCUGGAUGGUAGUGACUUGGUGGCCGAAAAAGCAGACAGGAGAGAGUUUGUGGGCCUGUUGAAGAAAAUGUUGAUGAUUGAUGCAGAUGCAAGAAUCAGCCCAGCGGAAACCCUAAACCACUCCUUUGUUACCAUGAAACAUCUCCUCGAUUUCCCCCACAGCAACCAUGUGAAAUCGUGUUUCCAUAUAAUUGAUGUCUGCAAGUCACGUCCCGGCUUGGGUGACACUGUUAACCGCAAUAAAACAUCAGUCAUGAGACCACUGGGCCCAGCCAACGCAGCUAACAUUUCAGCCGGUUUCUCCAAGCUUGGCAACGUCAGGGGUCAGGCUUUAACCACAUCAGGCCAUACAGUUAUCCAUCAUGGAAUACCAGUGCAGGCAGGAGCUCCAUUUGGUUGCAAUGAUGCUUUUCAGCAAACAUUAAUCCUUUGUCCCCCAGCCCUUGCAGGAAUGCCACCAAACCAUGGGAAGCCCACCAGUUACUCAGUGAGAGUGGACAACACUGUGCCCCUUGUUACACAAGCCCCCGGCAUCCAACCCCUGCAGAUAAGACCUGGUGUUCUCUCACAGCAAACGUGGUCAAACGGAUCGCAGCCCAUAUUGGUUCCUGCAUGGCAGCAAAUGACAACAGUGGCACCAACAACUACAAUUGCCACUGAUAGCAUGGCUGGACCCCAGAGAUUAGGCGACUGGGGGAAAGUAAUUCACCAUGGAAACCAUUACAGCUCAAUGAUCCUACAGCCUCUUUUAACCAACCAAAUGACACUGUCGGCUCCUCAGCCCAUCAGUUUAGGCAUCGCACACGUGGUGUGGCCUCAGCCUGCUGCUAACAAACGGAACAAGCUUUGUCAGAACAGGAGUAACACAAUACAGGAUCCUGUUGUCCAUAAUAAAGCACUUACCUCUCCAAAGAUCUCAAACAGCGCAAAGACCACAGAACCUGCAAGUUGUACGUUACCAACAGACAAUCAGAACUCAGAGCAGCAAGAGGUUGGAUUGUGUAAGGCAAACGAGGGGGCGACGUUGGAUGUAUCCAGCCAACAAAGGCAAACAAUUGUUAUAGCUGAUUCACCCAGCCCUACAGUGAGUGUCAUUACCAUCAGCAGUGACACGGAUGAGGAGGACUCUUCACAGACACACUCCCUGAGAGAGUGCAAAGGAAGCCUGGACUGUGAAGCCUGUCAGAGUACUCUGAACAUUGAUCGAGUUUGUUCCCUGAGCAGUCCGGAUAGCACCCUGAGCACCAGCUCCUCUGGCCAGUCCAGCCCAUCCCCCCGCAAAAGACCCAACAGCAUGUCGGAUGAUGAACCUGAAAGUGGUUGUGAUACAGUUGAUGGAUCACCGAGCUCGGAUUCCUCUGGCCAUGAUAGUCCAUUUGUAAAGAGCAGCUUUGUCACAGACACCAAUGAGAACUCAGAAAACCGGGUAUCGGAAAAAGUCGAGAGCAAACCUGCAGUGUGUACAUUAGUGGUUCCACCUAUCAGGAUUGAAAAAUGCAGGGACAAUUCCCACAGGGCCACAAACAAAGAUGCAGCUUGUCGCCCCCUAAUAAAAGGCAGGUCAGCCCCUGGGAGAAAAAACCACCUCACAGCCCUUGGCAACCGCCAGCAGAAACUUACAUCAGCAUUCCAGCAGCAUCAACAGCCUCUGAGUUUCAGCCAGGUACAACAUUUUGGAUCUGGUCAUCAAGAAUGGAAUGGAAACUAUGGGCACAGGAGACAGCAGGCAUUCAUCACACCCACCAGUCAUCACUUCACCCUCCCACAUGGAAGUCCAAAUCACAGUGCAGUGCAUGCUCACCUAGGUGGCCAGCACACCAUCCUAUCCUACCCACCUUCUGGUCCACUGAGCACUGGAGCACCUGUGGCCCACCUCCUGGCCUCCCCGUGUACCACAAGACCAAUCUUACAACACCCUGCCUACAACUUCUCCCACCACGGCGGCAUCAUCCAUCAGGUAGCCGUGGGAAUCAACCCCCGUCUUCUACCUUCACCGACCAUGCACCAGACUCAGUACAAACCGAUUUUCCCAUCCCACUCGUACAUUGCCGCAUCGCCCGCCUACGCGGGAUUUCCCUUGAGCCCCACGAAACUCAACCAGUAUCCGUACAUGUGAGAACUCGACAAACCUACAUGUAGAGGAGAAGCUCAAAGAUUCAAACCUUUUGUUUGAAGCAGAACACAAGAACAUGGCUUUUGAUUAAAAAAAAGAGAUGACAAAAAAAAAAUUCCGCCAUGGCACAAGAAGAAAAAGAAAAAAUAUUUUUUGAAUCACGUAGACUUGGGUGCAAUUUAAAACAAUCUUGAGCUUUAAAAAAAAAGAAAUUGAAAAAAAAAA